AGUGUUUGCCCAGACCUGAACAAGCUGUUCUGGAGAGGCGGAGGGGAAUCCAAACACUUCCAGGUAUUGUUCAGAGAUGCACAGCUAUCAAAUACCAUUUCUCCCAGCCAAUGCGCUUACGAAAUAUUCCAUUCAACUUAACCAAGACCAUCCAGCAAGAUGAGUGGCAUCUGCUUCAUUUAAGAAGAAUCACGGCUGGUUUUCUGGGCAUGGCAGUUGCUGUUCUUGUCUGUGGAUGCAUCGUAGCGGCAGUCAGUUUCUUUUGGGAGGAAAGCCUCACACAGCACGUGGCAGGCCUUCUAUUCCUUAUGACAGGAAUAUUUUGCACUAUUUCUCUGUGCACUUAUGCAGCAAGUAUAUCAUAUGAUCUAAACCGCCUACCAACAUUCAUAUAUAGUCUUCCUGAUGAUGUGGAACAUGGAUACAGCUGGUCUAUAUUUUGUGCUUGGUGCAGUUUAGGAUUUAUAGUAGCAGCAGGAUGUCUUUGUGCUGCUUAUCCGUUUGUUAGCAGGACCAAGAUUAUUCAUCUAAAGUCUACCAGAAACUCUUCUGUAUGAUUGCUUCUCAGAAGAUGAAAUUCUCUACCCUUGUUCAGGGACAGGCGAACAAUAUUGUGCAAGGACUUACCACAAAAA